CUUACGCGUACUAGUGUAGUCAAGUUAUGGCCAACGGCCCUCGGAAUAACGAUCCUCAGAAAGGCUUGAUGGCUCUGGCCGGCAUAAGGGUCAUUGAGUUUGCAGGCCUCGCACCAGGUCCCUUUGCAGGCCUUAUUCUCGCCGAUUGGGGCGCAGAUGUGAUACGCUUAGACCGCUUGGGCUCUUCCUCGACCGACACACUCACGAGGAACAAGCGGUCUAUCGCACUCGAUGUCAAGAGCCCCGCGGGCCUUGCGAUUGCCCGGCGACUCGUUGCGAGCGCGGAUGUUCUGAUUGACCCAUUCAGACCUGGCGUUAUGGAGCGCAUGGGCCUGGGUCCAGAGCUGUUCCUUGGUGGACAAGAUGACGGCGACGGUCUCAAUCGAAGGCUCGUUUUCGCGCGUCUGGCUGGCUUUUCGCUCGCGGGUCCCUAUAAGGACAUGGCUGCAGGGCAUGAUAUCAACUAUCUCGCCCUGAGCGGUGUGCUUUCGAUGUUCCCAGGAACACCUGACAAACCUUCCUUUCCACUCAACCUCCUGGCCGACUUCGGCGGUGGUGGAAUGACCUGCGCUCUCGGUAUUCUACUUGCACUCAUCGAACGUUCACGAAGUGGGCUCGGGCAAGUUGUCAGUACCGACAUGGUUUCCGGUACGCGCUACCUUUCCACCUUUCCACUUGCUUCUGCGAUGCGGCCUCCGUCAAACGGCCCACCAAACCUUUCCAGCGUCCCAUUUUUCCCUCGUUCCGAACCUCCGUCCUCAAAACGUCCGACAAGUCGCAUGCAACACACCCUCGACGGCGGUGCGCCCUUCUACAACGUCUAUACUUGCAAAGAUGGCCGGUGGAUGAGUGUCGGCUGUCUCGAGCCUCGGUUCUACGAAACGUUUCUGCAAAAGUUCUUGAAAGCGGUUCCAGCAGGUUUCGUCGAGCAGAGCUUUCUCAAAUGGACGCCAACUUUGCAGCGCCAGUAUGAUCGCGUCAACGAGUGGCCGAAACUCCGCAAGCUGUUUGAAGAUGGAUUCAGGCUGUACGACCGAGAUUACUGGGCAAAAGUAUUCCACGAGUCAGAUGCAUGUGCUGUUCCGGUGCUCAGCCCUGCGGAGGCGGCGGUACUUGUCUCCAAUGAGCAGUCUCCGGUUGAGAGUGCGCCGGCACCGCAUCCGCUGCUAUCGCGGACCCCUGCGCGCACUAUAGCAUCAAGUGGCCCUCCAAAGUCUCACGAAGACGGAUCGUGGCAGUCAGAGCAUAUCCGAAGUAAUGGGUAUCUGGCUCCUGGGUCGCACACGGAGGACGUACUACGCGAAGUGCUCGCCCUCAGUGACAGGGAAAUUGAGGAGCUCCACAAGGGGAACAUUAUUAGGACGAGGGAGAGAGCGAAGUUGUAGAUACUGAGAAUAUAUUGCUUUCCCAAUCAUGAGAC